AUGGACCAAGAGCUCUUGAAGCAACGAAAAGAGAAAUACAGGCAGUGGUUCCACAACCACAAGAAACACAAGGCCAAUGCCAAAGUGCUGAUGAAGCUGCAAAAAAAAUGGACAGCACACCGAGUAAUUGAAGAGCAGCGCAAGGCCGACAUUCUUCAGCAAAUACAUGAAGAAAUCAAGGAGGAGACUGGGCAGAAGCCUGAGCAGAAAGAAAUCUUCAGGAGGUAUCAACCCACUAUGACGGCAAUCAUGAAAGGGCUAGGCGACAAUGAGUUGGAGGAAGCCCGGGCGAAGGCCGAUGAGUGGACAAAUCAAGCACCUGACCCUGCAGUCCAGGCCAAGACGGCUAGGAAGAAGGGUGAAAAGAUGAUCAAGCACUUCGCAAAGGAGAUGUUUACUCAGGCCGGUAUGAGACUCUUUGUAUUGGGUUCCUGGAAGGAUGAGAAGGGCGGCCUACUUACAUCCAGGCAAGUUGAUACAGUCGGUCGGUCGGUCAUUUUGCUUACAUGGUUUGGCAGAUUUGACUUCAAUGAACACCUCGGGAUAGGCUCCAGCUUCAUGAAAUGCAAGGACUGGCAGGUCAUCUUACCGGCAUGGGAAGAUUUCAUAGGUGAUGCAUUCAACCAGGAUCAAGACCAGGACGGCAUGCUGCUCGGAGGCACUCGCCGGGUUCCCAAGCCUUACCAUGAGUUCGACCUGGACUGCAUGGGUUUGCCGAUGUUGCCCGAUAUUGAGGGCGUGUCUCUUGAUGCCAAGAAGGGAAUGAUUCGGUCAUUUCUCACCAUUCAUUACCAUAAGCCUGUUGAGUCGAAGGUCCCAGUGCCUUGGAGCGAUAUAAUAAAGGGACAGUCCAGAUUUAUCUCCAGCAUAUACUUGCCUGAGGAUGCAAAGAUCAUGGACCCUUCGAAAUUGCAACGGAAUGAAGCCAACGCCUUGUUGGAAUGUUGGUUAGACCAACAAGACAACCAGGUAGGGCUCACAUUGAAGUUCAAGGCCUGGAUCGACGACAAGGGCAAGAUGAGGGCUCCUGUCAGCAAAGAGUCUGUUGACUCUAACGGUGAUGCUGAUGAUGAGGGCAUGUGGCCCAUGCCAACCAAAAAAUCAUCGGCCGCCGCUGCACCAUCACCGGCCGGAGUUCCCAAAGCGCGGCCUAGGUUCAUCAAACGAGCUCAUGUCAGUUCCGCCGAUGAAGAAUCUGACAAGACCGAUGCAGAUGUGCCUCUGCCGAAGGUAAACAAACAUGCACCCUACCGUGUAAGGAAAGGCACAAAUGCAACACGAGGUGACCCAGUGGGACACCCGUCGGAGUCAGAUGACCAACUGGCACCCAAGAGCAUUGGCAAGAGAGUCAGAACUCGGCCUGCCAUCAUCUCACCCCGAACAGACUCGGCAUAUGAAGACCGACCGAUUAUAGAUUCGGUCAGAUGGGUCUCUCAUGAUAGAGGGGCCUAUGCAGCAGGCAAAACCCGCAUGCCCGUUGCACAGGUGACCGAGGGAUCAGAAGAUGAAAGUUGUAGCCAUAUUGGCACGAAGGCCAGGUAUGAGCCAGCCCGCUCACAUCAUACCGCCCAGCAAGUUUGUGGCUUCGGCCCACAUUCAACUCGUCAAGGUCUCGAACAUAUUCAGACAUCCCCUGCGGUGCUGGACCAGACGCUGAAAAAGACCAGGGCUGCCCAAGAUGUAUUACCAGCGGUAAAUAACCGAUCACCGAGGAAGACAACGGCUCCCAGAGAGUGGUCACUGGCGAUAAAUGACCGGUCGGCCAAGAAGACCAAGGUCACCAAAUUGGCGGCUUGCUCAAUUCCCGAUGCACCAGCAAAGAGUACCAGGAGCAAGGUCGACAAUGCGCUUGGCACCUGA